AUGCAGCGAAUGCAUUAUCAAGUUGAGAAUGAUAAGUUAGAGAGAGAACAGAGAAGUCAAAUUCCCUUACCCCCACCUCUGCCAGGCCGUGGGCCUAUACCUAUUUCUCCAUUUCGGAGACAGGAAGGGAGUGAUAGUACAAAUCUGGUUGAUGGUAAGAGGAGGAAGGUGACUGGGAGUGGGAAUUCUCCUUUGGAGAAAGCAUUUCAGAAUAAUGCUAAACAUAAAUUGGAUAGUAGAAUUGCUGGGAUGUUUUACACUGGUGGGCUUCCAUUUAACUUUGCAAGGAACCCAUAUUAUCAUAAUUCCUAUGUAUAUAUUGCUACGCAUAGCAUCCCAGGUUAUGUUCCUCCUGGAUACAAUGCCUUAAGAACAACACUUUUGCAAAAAGAAAGAGCUCACUUUGAAAGACUUUUGAAACCAAUUAAGGACUUUUGGCUUGAAAAUGGUAUAAGUAUAGUUUCUGAUGGAUGGUCAGAUCCACAAAGGAGGCCUCUUAUUAAUAUUAUGGCUGUAUCAAAUGGGGGUCCAGUAUUUAUAAAGGCAAUUGAUGGGUCAGGUGAGUUCAAAGACAAACAUUAUAUUGCUAGGGUGUUGAAGGAUGCUAUAAAAGAGAUUGGACAUGAAAAAGUUGUCCAAGUCAUCACUGAUAAUGCUAAUGUGAUGAAGUCUGCUGGAGCUCUUAUUGAAGGUGAGUAUCCUAAUAUAUUUUGGACACCCUGUGUUGUCCACACUCUUAAUCUAAUUUUGAAGAAUAUUUGUGCAGCAAAAAACACUAAAAAGAAUGAAGUUACAUAUGAGGAAUGUAGUUGGAUUACAUGUAUUACUGAUGAUGCAUCCUUCAUACGUGUUUUUAUCAUGAACCAUUCAAUGAGGUUGGUAAUGUUUAAUGAAUUUCGUCCAUUAAAAUUGCUCCAAGUUGCUGAUACUAGAUUUGCUUCGGUUGUUGUAAUGCUGAAUUGGUUGAAGUUGAUAAAAAGAUGCCUUCAAGCCAUGGCUAUUAGUGAGCAAUGGGCUUCUUAUAGGGAGAAUGAUGUUGGAAAAGUUUUGAAGGUGAAAGAUAUGAUUCUAAGUGAUCUUUGGUGGGAUAAAGUUGAUUAUAUCCUUGAAUUCACAGCACCUAUUUAUGAUAUGCUACGAGUAGCCGACACAAAUAAGCCUUAUCUUCAUCUUGUGUAUGAGAUGUGGGAUUCAAUGAUAGAGAAGGUGAAGGCAGCAAUAUAUCGGCACGAAGGCUUGGAAGAUGAUGAGUAUAGCUCAUUUUGGUGUGUAGUGUAUGAUAUACUCAUUAAUCGAUGGACUAAAAAUUGCACACUACUACAUUGCUUGGCUCAUUCCUAA